GCGACCAACGCGUUGCCGCUUCAAAGAAAAUGAAAAACGGCAAUAGUCAGAGACUUUACAAAGCAAAGUGAGGCGUGUCGGAGAGAGCGGCAGCGGGGCAAAUGGCAAGAAUGUGGAGGCGGGUCGGGAGGAACCGGCGUUUAUAUAUAGACCGGGCUGUGACAUCAUCAGGGCCCGACGGCAGUGAGGGGCGAGGCCGUGAGAGGAAGCUGAGCUGGAGAAACAGAGAAGAUGGCGCUGGACAGUGGCGACACCGUACAACGCUUUCAUCUGUACUUUGUAACAAGAUACACGUGACAAUAAAUCAAAUUAUUCAAAAAGGGAAGGAGGCAAAACCAGGUAACAAGAACAAGAACAGGUUUGAACACACCAGUGCCUAAGCAAUAAUACUGACGGGAUACAUGUCCAAAGAUGGAGUUUCCUGAAUUGGGACAACAUUGUUCAGAGAAUUCCUGCAAAAGGCUGGAUUUUCUUCCCAUGAAAUGUGAUGCAUGUUCACAAAUCUUCUGCAAGGAUCACAUCAAUUAUGAACAGCACAAGUGUACAUCGUCCUAUAAAAAGGACAUACAGGUACCUGUGUGCCCGCUGUGUAACACACCUGUUCCUGUCAGAAGGGGAGAAAUGCCAGACAUCCGGGUUGGUGAACAUAUUGACAGAGAGUGUAAAUCUGACCCUGCUCAGAAAAAGCGUAAGAUUUUUACAAACAGGUGCUCGAAGACUGGGUGCAAACAGAAAGAGAUGAUCAAAGUGACAUGUGACCAAUGUCACUUAAACUUCUGCUUAAAGCAUAGACACCCUUUGGAUCAUGAAUGCAAGGCUGAUGGGCAACGUCUCUCCAAAGCAGGUAAUGCUGCAAUUAUGAGAGCGCAGGGGACUUCGAAAUCCAAUGCAACGCCAUCUACAAGCAAAGAGGCAUCUAACAGUCGGCUGAAUGGACUUAAUGCAGCAGUACACUCGCAUUAUAAUAGUAACCCACCAAGAUCAUCACAGAGACCUGUCCCUCCAUCUGCAUCCCUGCAAGGAGGAUUGAGUGAAGAGCAAGCCCUGCAAAGAGCUUUGGAGAGAUCAUUGGCUGAAACUUCAAGGAAUGCACCUCCCAGCCAUGCGGAGCAGGAAGACUUGGCCCUGGCCCGGGCUAUUGCAGCCAGCGAAGAAGAAUUCCGUAGGCAACAGCAGCAGACACAGCAACGAAGUUCCAGGUCCUUGCCUUGUAAACUGUCCUGACUCUGGCAAUCUGACUUUGUAAUACUACCUUGUUUUCGAUUUCUUAAUCCAUGUCCUUGGCGCUGAACCAUGCUUCCUGUGGGGGGGUGAUGGAAAAAUCAAGCUUCCGGUUUAAGGAAAUAAAUACCCUUUGCUCAGUGAAUGCUCCUAUAACUCUUAUGAUUGUAUGAUUCUAUUAACAAAUCAAAGCUUUUCUGUUGUAUUCUUGUAAAUUUAUAAGCACAGGCAAUUGAAUAAUGCAAAGCUGAACAUUAUGUAUAGCGUAAGAGUGCACAAGGUGCAGCUGUUCUAUUUAAUCAUGCGCUACGUAUGGUAUUUGAUUUGUUUCUAAGAAUAAAAUAUUUAAAAAUUGCUGUGUAAAUGAAUUUGUAGUCAAUAGGAUCUUUUAUCUAAGAAGUUCCGUAUAAAGAAAGGACACGGUGCACCCCAUGCUUUCUGGCUGGAAGAUGGGCUCCUAAUCUUAGCUCCCAAAGUGUCCAUUUUAUAUACACAAAUGAAUGUCGAAAGCAUUUCACCUCAGGACAUUGCAAGAAGUGCAAUCCAGCCCUUAUUCCACACGUGCUUCCCGGGCUGGUGAUGGUCAGUUCUUGACAAUGGUCUUGAGUAAGAAUCUUGGUUAACUUCACUGCCCUACUAACUUGUCACUGAGUGGGAAUUGAACAUGGAUCCUUUUGGUAUCAGUCUUCUACCAUCUUGGGCAUCGUAGGAGUUGAUGAGAGAUUAGGUAUAAAAUUGCACUCUGGGUGACACCCAGGAAUGGGUUACAGUUUACCCUUGUAGCACUCUUGUGUUUACACCUUCUACCCAAAAAUUGAUAUUGCUAUCAUAACUCUGUCCCAGUUCUUUUUAACUUAACACUGUGCUGUGUUCUUUUUCUAUUUGCAGUUUUUUUUUCUGGCAGCACUUCUGGGUAUUUCAGAGGAUGAAAUUUAAUAGUAUUGUGUUUAAAAAAAAUCUUCAAAGAAAGCACUUCCCAGAUUGAUUUAUCCAAUUAACUUUAUCAGUAAAGUUUCAUUUGAAACCUGUUAAAGUUGGAUCAUCUGAAUAGUCACAUCUGCGAUCUCCACUCUUGACAGAAGUGAAAUUGUUUGAAUUUUUCUGUAUGUUAAAUUGAAUUGUUUAACUACAGCUUCAAGUGUACUGAUUUUUUGAUUGCAUUUGUUUAAGUAAAUGUUUCUAUAUUCA